GAUUCGUAUCUGCCUGAUCAUCCAAAUCUGUACUAUGUAUGUAACUGAUCAUCCAAAUCUGUACUAUGUAUGUAACGUAACCUACUGAUAGAAUUCAAGACUUAGAGUCAGGCCCUUCUGUUUGUUUCAAGACAUCUUUGAACUCUGAUCUGUGAAUUUUUAGUCCAGUCUGAUGUUGUAAUGUGAAGACAUCUGACUGCUGAAUAUGCAGUACGCAGUCGGAACAUUGCGCCUCCGAGUCUCUUUUCGUACUAUGAAGAACGUGCAUUAUGCAAUCAAAACAAACAUUGUGUCUCUCCGUCACUGCACCGAAGGAGUUUUACUAGUCGGUAUUUCAGCGCAUUUCGAAUCAGCAUUUGUUACUCUGUCGAUUAUCUUGUGGCAAGGAGUCUUCAUAUCUUGCUAUUGCCAGUGAAUGCCAAGCAUUAUUCUCGUUUUUGUUUUCAGAGUAAACCUCGAGUUCAUCUUUUAAAUGAUGUGAUAUAGAAUAGCAAUAUCUUGUAGCAAACAGAUUAAAGUAUGCUUAUUUUUUCUUUUGCCCAUCACUUGACUGAGAAGGUCUCACUUGCGAGUUUGGUGAUGCUAUGGGGGUGUUCCUUUUCAGGGACUUUUUGGUGUAGGGACUAAAAAAAGUCCCAUGGGAAAGAAACAGGAGGGACUUUUAGGCACUAAAAAUGGUCAUUUGGGACUAAUUGAAGAAGUCCCUCCGGGAGGGACUUUUAGGGACCUUUUCCCACCGUACCCCCGCACCGCAUCUUAUCCACGCGCUUCCUCCCAUCCGCUCGCUCCUCCCCUUCCCUUCCCCGCCGCUUCUCCCCUUACCAGCCGCCAGUGCCCUGAGCAGCUGCCGCCGCCAGUGCCCUGAGUAGCCGCGCCCCCAUGGCCACCGAUGAAGACGACGAGGCGCAGUGGAUCUCCCAGUUCCCGUCGCGUCAACCUGCAUCUCAGGGUUCAUCGGCCGGCGGGAAUCUGGGAAGAGGAAUUGGAUUUUUGGAUCUCAACAGCAACAUCGAGGACUUCCCCGAGUUGGGCUCGUACCAGCAGCUUCUCCUUCACGAGACGGCUGUUCAUGGUUCUUCUCCGACUGGGCGUGGUCGCGGGCGGUCUGUUUCCCAGGGAGGAGGAGGCCUGACCCGGUCUUUGAGCCUCGGUGGCGCUCACAGGCGCCCGUUCGUCGCCCCAAGCGCAGCUCCCGUUGACGGAGCCGUCAGAGGGCGUGGGAAGGCCGUGUCCCAUGGCACUGGGCGCGGUGUAGGCCGAGCCCGGUCUGUUUCCCAGGGAGGAGGAGGCCUUCGAGGCGUUACAGGACGUGGCUUUUCCACCUCUCAAGUUGCAAGCCGGCAACGUGCAUCGUCAUCUGCUGUGCCUAUAGAAGAUGCGGACGACAGCGAAGGCUUUGAAGAUGGAGACAACGACGGCGUUGUGGGAGAGGUAUAAAUUUCUCGUAUAUGCAUAUUUAGUUUUCUGUCUACAAGGAAAAGAAUUGUGCAAAUUCAUCUUCUUUUUGUUUAGAAAACAAUUGCGAAGGCUGAUUGGACAGACGAGAAUGUUAUGGUUUUUUGUAACAUUGCCUGUGAAGAAGCUAGGGAUGGGCAUUGUGUGAAUGGUACUUGGACAACUAGAGCCUACAAGAAUAUGAAGACAAAAUUUUAUCAUCGGACUGGACUCCUCCAUAGUACCAAGCAAUUCAAAAAUUGUUUAAAUAAACUGAAAAACUAUUAUAGUGCUUGGGUGUGGUUGGGGCAACAAACAGGUUGUGGCCGAACUGGAGACGGAGCUAUAACAGGAUCAACUGAUUGGUGGAACAAAAAAAUUAAGGAGAGACCAGAUGUCAGAAAAUUCAAGGAGGGCAAUCCUGAUUAUUUGGAUAUGCUUAUAGAGCUAUUCCAAGGUAUGGCAGUUGAUGGAUCAUCAGCUUAUGUUCCCAUAUAUGAAGAGGAAGAAGAAGAUGUUGGUGCCGAUGAUGCACAUGAGCAGAGUCCAAUGGGCACCACCAGCAGGAAGAGGGGAAGCAUCGGUGCUGAACAGUCAGCAUCAAGCCCAGGCAAGAAAUACAAGAGCCCAAUGGUGAAACUAAUGACAGGGCUGAUCAAUACUAUGAAGAGUGAGAACACUUCUGACAUGAUCGCUGAAUAUGCAAACAAAAGGCAGGAAGCAAAGGACAAGGCAAAAGAGAAAAAAUCAAACAACACUAAAGAAUCCAUUACUCAUUGUCAAUUGUUGGCAGUUGAAUGUGGUGCAGAUGAAACAAGUGUUGAGUACUUCAUGGCAACUCAACUUUUUGCAAAUGAGGCAAGCAGAGUCAUAUUUCAGAACAUUUCAAGUACUGAGGCUAGAUUGACUUGGUUGAAGAGGUGGUGCAUGAUGAAGAAGUUGUACUAGUGUACUAGUGUUCUUUUUCGAAUAUGCCUAUGUAAUGGACCUGUAGUGUGUGACCUUGUUAAAUGAUCAUUGCAUUUUGUGUGUUUCAUAAUGUUUGUUGGGUGAAAAGGUGGUGCAUGGUAAAUAAAGUUGUACUAAUGUUUGCAUGUUUCAGGAUGAUGGUAGCAGUACCGAUGAUGGCAGCAGUGCUGAUGAGAGCAGCAGUGAUGAUGAGGCACUGAUGUUGUUGAUGCAUCAAAAGAAGAGAAGAAUGCUGCAGAUGGCCUGUAUGGUUGGUAUGUAUUACUUGGACUCUUACUGUAACAGAGGACCUAGAAGAGUAGCAAUACAGUCUGGGCAUGAUUGGGUUAUGAUAACACUAGCCAACAAAACUUCCUGUUACAACAUGUUUAGAAUGCACAGACUAGUGUUUGUUCAGAAAUGGAUGUAUCAGACCUGGUUUUGUGUAUGAGGCCAUCUGCUGUCCGAUCUUUUUUUGUGCUGUGCGAUCUUUUUUUAAUAGUCUUUGCUGUGCGAUCUUUUUUU